AGACUGAGUUAGGCCGCGCGCCGAACGCCUGAGUCCAGAUGGUGUGGAAAAGAAAAACUCGUAUAGAUUCAGGGCGAUCUAACACUUAGAUCCUAAUCUUGAACAAUCGCCUUUCUUCUCGUUCAACGUCUUCCUGCUUAAUUAACCUUUCCAAUACUGUAGACCGAGUAGGUUCCUUUGAAGCUGCUAGUCAGGCAAUCUACUGGACACUCCAGCGGCGGGGCCCUCACGGCCUUCUCCGCAGCUCUCAGCUUCGGUCCGGAGAGGACCCGGCGCCGAAUCACUACCUGGCUCAGGUGUCGGGAAAAUGAUCCACAGUCUAUUCCUCAUAAACUGUUCCGGUGACAUAUUUCUAGAGAAGCACUGGAAGAGUGUUGUGAGCCAAUCUGUCUGUGAUUAUUUCUUUGAAGCUCAAGAGAAAGCUGCUGAUGUUGAAAAUGUACCACCUGUCAUUUCAACACCUCACCACUACCUCAUCAGUAUCUACCGGGAUAAGCUGUUCUUUGUGUCUGUCAUACAGUCUGAAGUGCCGCCUCUCUUUGUAAUUGAGUUCCUACAUCGAGUUGCUGACACUUUUCAGGACUACUUUGGUGAGUGUUCAGAAGCUGCAAUUAAGGAUAAUGUGGUCAUAGUAUAUGAGCUCUUGGAAGAAAUGUUAGACAAUGGAUUUCCACUGGCUACUGAAUCUAACAUUUUGAAAGAACUGAUUAAACCACCAACAAUUCUACGGUCUGUCGUCAACUCUAUUACAGGCAGUAGUAAUGUUGGGGACACACUCCCCACUGGGCAGCUGUCCAACAUCCCAUGGCGCCGAGCAGGCGUAAAGUAUACAAACAAUGAAGCCUAUUUUGAUGUCGUUGAAGAAAUAGAUGCAAUUAUAGAUAAAUCAGGAUCUACAGUGUUUGCAGAAAUUCAGGGGGUCAUUGAUGCUUGCAUUAAGCUAUCUGGAAUGCCCGACCUUUCCCUUUCUUUCAUGAACCCAAGGCUUCUAGAUGAUGUCAGUUUCCAUCCCUGCAUCCGGUUCAAGCGUUGGGAAUCUGAAAGAGUUUUGUCAUUUAUUCCUCCAGAUGGAAAUUUCCGACUCAUAUCAUAUCGUGUCAGUUCACAAAAUCUAGUGGCAAUACCAGUGUAUGUGAAACAUAGCAUCAGCUUUAAGGAGAACAGUUCUUGUGGCAGAUUUGAUAUUACAAUUGGACCAAAGCAGAAUAUGGGAAAAACUAUUGAAGGAAUCACAGUGACAGUUCACAUGCCAAAAGUUGUGCUGAAUAUGAACCUGACACCAACACAAGGCAGCUAUACAUUUGAUCCUGUUACCAAGGUACUAACAUGGGAUGUGGGAAAAAUUACUCCACAGAAGCUCCCAAGUCUUAAAGGACUGGUAAAUUUACAGUCUGGAGCACCCAAGCCAGAAGAAAACCCAAGCCUCAACAUACAGUUCAAGAUCCAGCAGCUUGCUAUUUCAGGCUUAAAAGUAAACCGCUUGGACAUGUAUGGGGAGAAAUAUAAGCCAUUUAAAGGAGUCAAAUAUGUCACAAAAGCUGGAAAGUUCCAAGUGAGGACAUGAGAAGAGGCCAAAAUUCCUCAAGAUCUGUUUUCCAAGUGUCAUGGUUUAUUACUAUAGGUACCAAGUGGGUGGGAAUACGUAUUUUACUUAAAGCAUUUGUAUUGAGCUACACACUGCGAACAAAAUUGCUACUAUCAAUGUAGGGUUCUUAAGGAGCUUUAAGCUAAGGAAACUUUUGAAUGAUUUAGCUAAUUUUCUGUCUUUUCACUUAGGAAGAUUUUGGAGGCAGUUUCCUCCAUAGAGGGGCACCAACUGAAGGCUGCACUUUUUAACAGUAAAAGCAGACAGCUACAGUGAUAACCUCUCUGCUAUAACAAGUGAACUGGUCUCAGUAAGCAGGAGCCAUCUUAAUCUGUAAUGGGAUGUAUAUGUCAAGUGCAGCUAAAUGUCACAGCAGAUUUUAGCUAUCUCAAAUCAGCAUCUGUCCCAACAAAAGAAAUCCCCCCCACCCUGAGAAGUUUACAAGAAACUGCCUCUUCAAGUGUUUGCCUUAUUCAGCUUUUCACUUGUGCCAUUAAGCAAGCACUGUAGCAAAGGCCACUUCCACAUGGCCCUGGCUGGGAGCCCUACUGCUCCAUGCUCCAUGCUCACUGCACUCGGUAUUGUAUUUUUUAUAAAUAAGAUUUUUAUGUAAAGCUCAGAUUUUGAUUUACAGGGACCUUGCUGCAGUAAAUACCAUCUCAGUUUUUUGCCACUGGUUCAGCUGUAAGAUAGCACAGUAAAAAUCAUUUGUAUGAAAGGAGUGAAUGCUUUAAGGUAAUAAAAGGAAACACUACUACUUCUGCUUUUAAAAAGUUAUUGCAAGCACAAGCAUUUGAGAUUUUAAGCAAAUUAAAGUAGUAAAAGAAAC